AUGAUUUCUACCUCGGUGAAUCCAAUUCUAUAUUGUUAUCUUCAAAGUAAGCUGAUUUCUCAUCAGGUCGUGUGGCAUUUCUGGUUUUUUGGUCCACUGGUUACCAGCGGUGCAGGAUUGCAGAUUCGUCUUAUUGAAAGUUCUCACUACGCUACUCCAAUCCAAAGCGUGUCGCGCCAACCUGGUCUAGUACAAGCUGCACUGGCUACACCUGUGACACUACACAAGAAUAGAGCUCGGUCAAAACGAUCUGAAGUUGCAAUGGUGGCAGGUAAAAGAGGACGACCAAGAAAGAUUGUGGUGGCUGAAGGUGAUCCGGCCAAAGAGCCGCAACCUGCAAUUAUUGUGAAGACUGAGCCACGUGAUGGACUAGGUCCGAGUAGCAGCCAAGCACAGCCUGCUACGUAUGUUCCCGCUCCCGGAGAAAUUGUUUCUGGAUACGACGAGGAGCCGGAGGAGGAAGAUGGAAGUAGCGAAAUUAUUGUUGAUGUGGUGGAUGAGGGCACAACGGUUUAUCAAACAGCCCGAGAAAUAUUUGAGCCGAGUCCAAUUGAAAGGAGGCUACGUGAGAACCGCAUUUUCAAUGAGGGAGAUUGGUCUAGCGCAGAAUUGAAGUCGCUAUACGAUGGAAUUACGACAUACGGGACCACUGAGGAGGCUCUGGAGGUGAUACAGGAAAAUUUCUGCCCCACAAGAAAUUUAGAUCAAGUCAUGGCCAAGGUGGAGGAGAUACGCGCGUUAAAUGCCGAGCACAAAGAGGAUCGCUUGGCGAUGCAGGUUGAACAGUGGGUAAAUACUGGUUAUCGAGAUGUCACCGCUGUGCCUCAAUACGUAAUUCUUCCUGAAGUCAGCAAUUGGGAAGCAGCUAUACAGCGUGUGAAUCGACAAAUACGGUCGCACAGUGACUAUCCGGUGCGUGCAGCUAUUGAGGCAGCACUAGAAACUCAGCCUAAAGAUGCUGAGAGUCCGACGCUAUACAAGGUGACAGACUAUCGUACGGGUCGUGGUUACGGUAAGGAACAGCCGGUGAGUUGGCAGCGUCUGGGUACGUUCUUCGCUGCAGUUGUUCGGCAUGCACGACCAUUGCCGCCGCUGAAUCCACUCGAGUGUGCAAUUGCAUUAAAAGUCGUUGAUGAUGUCGAAGAGGAAGUUGUUCGAACACUUACCGAUGAGCAUAAGGCAGUUAUACGUGGUUGGCUGGCGAACAUACAAAUGCGUCAUCUACGCGAUUUUGCACCAGAUACACCAUAUUCAACUACUAAUGCGGUUGCGGUUCUACUUGAUCCACUUCGUACACGCUUGUGGAAUAUUCCUCGAGAUGCAUCCGCACUUCCAGAAGUCAUAGACGAGGAGCAGUUAUCUCAGGAAACAAAUUGA